AUGACAUAUAAUUCUGGACGACAACAGCAUUAUAAUAGACAUUUUGAAGACUACAGUAUUCCUAAAUCAUCAACAAGAGAUCGUCAAGCCGGACCACUUUAUCGCAUAGCGCUCUUUGAUGGCUUGUUAAAUAACAACCAAGUGGAACGCACAAAUGCAUUAGAUAAUAUAACGAGAUUAGUAAAUAAUUGGGCAAAAGAAUGCUAUCCUGUCGAAAGAUCAACAGCAGGAACUGUAGUGUCAGUAACAGCAACAGGUGGCAAGAGAAACGUGUCUAAUGCAUCCUCUCCUUUGUCUGAAAAUAGUAAUAAUUUGUCGGUGACUCCCAUGUCAUCACGAAAAUCUUCGGAUUCUGAUGAUAUUAAUCCUGCAUCUUCCCUUUUAAACUCUCCUAAUUCUCCGUUACUCACUGAUGGAUCGGUGUCUUCUUAUGCUGCUUCACCGGUCGUGGAUAACGGAUGCGGGGAUAUGUCUACUAUCCCUAGUAUUCUUAAUGUUACAAAUGCUAGUGAUGGUGAUAAAAGCGUUAAUAUCAAUCAAGUUAAUCUAUUUCAACAUGAAUAUGCAAAUCAGGAGAAUGCUUCAGUACCACAACGGAACGGGAUUCCGGGUGAUCAAUUUAUUUAUGAUGGUUUCAGACCAUACGGUAGUUAUUCUCAACACUUCUCUUCUCAUCAACAACAACGUAGAGAUUCCGCUGAUGAUAACGAUGAUGCAGAGAUUUCUGAGGAAGAAGCAAAGGAAUCUUUAAGAUUACAUCUUUUGACAAUGUUGCGAAUGUCUAUUGAUUGCCCUUUCCCCGAUGUUAGACUUUCUUUCGAAAAGUGUUUAGAAGACCUCAGGAUGGCAGGUGUUCCGGUGCCGGUACCAAUAUACCCAGCUCCAUCGUUCUAUAUUGCACCAGAGGAUAUACUGACUCUUGAAUGGCCACCGGAAAACACGAGCAAUAAUACUGGCAUAACUCCUUCUUCAUCUUGCUCAUCCCCUUCAUCCACAUCAUUUUCUGAAACAUCACAAUUUCCACAACCUAUAACAUCAUCUACACCUUUAUGGCCUUUACCGAAGGGUAGACAACCUGAUCCUUUGGUUAAAAAUUUGUUGAGUGAUACUUUUGUUAAUUUAGGAAGAUUAAGUCAUUAUUAUCGAGUUUUGGCUUAUUUUCCUGGUUUUAUGGAAAAAUAUCAAGCUUCCUAUAAUAUCAUCGUUAAAGGUCCUAUUGGUCCCGUACCUAUUAGUUGGAGGUUUUAUAUUGGAAUUAUGGCUGCAUCACAACAUAAAUGUCAAUACAUUGUCUCAAAACUUACAAGCGAUUUCCUAAUAAAUGGAGGAGACGCGAAUUGGUUACUAGGACUUCAGUACGCACCACAAAAAAUUCGUAAUUUGGCCACACUUAAUGCUAUACUAGCACAUCAACCAUGGCGUCUUCAAGCAUCACAUAUCGGUGCAUUGGUUAGAGUCUUACCAAAUAAUUGGACAAUUUCCGAGAUUGUGCAUGUUAUUAUGAUAUUGAGUACCUUUCAUAGUUUAAGCAGUUUUGUGUUGGGAUGUGGAAUUGUACCUGAAUAUGAUAGUAUUGGGGGUUAUUAUGAUCUACCACCUUGGGCCUCCACUACUGUCGAAGGUGGUUCUAUUGGAAUUAUGGAUUCUUCGGAAUCAAUUUCCCCGAAUGUAGGAUCCGGGUUGGGUAUAACCGAAGAAGAGCAAAUCGAAGUAGAGAAACCUAAAGAUGAUGAUAGUGGGAAUAAUGAGAAGACACCAGCCGAAAAUGUUACAAAGGAACUAACUUCAGAUGUGGAAAUUCAGAGGCAUACAGAUCAGCUGAUUAAGAGGUUAAAGAAUAAACCCGAUUUACAUUUAUCAUCAUCAACGUGGAGCAGUGAAAUCGCUGAAUUUGAGAAUAUCGAAGAGGAGACAUUUACAAAUGAGUCUCCAACAAGUGACAUAACUUUAUCUCCAUUCCUUCAAAAUUUUUCCUCGACCGCUAACACCACUUCGCCCACUUUACUUCAUUCGAUAUAUAACUUGCCAUCUACAAAUUUAUCCACUGAAGAUUUUUCAAGAUUUCUUGAUCCAUCCGUGGACACGCAAUAUGCUUACACAGACUUUGUUGUUAAUAGUUCUGAAUAUAGCGUAUUUAAAUUACAAGAUUAUGGCUGGGAUCAUGGUGUGUCGAUGGCGAAUAGAUAUUUCUCAGGUGCCGGUGAUGUGUUAGAUGCAGAAUUCGCCAAAGUUUGGGAUAUUACUGAUUAUUGUUUAUUUCAUUCAUACCAAUCCUCAAAUAUUGAUACAAGACCGUUACGACAAGCAAUUUGGUUUUACGUACAAAGAUUAUCCGGAUUACUAAAGGAUGAUUACGUAUAUCGUGACAUCAACACAUAUCUUAGUAAUAAUUUCAAAACGUACCUCAAGAAGGUUAGUUGUAAACCCGAAGAUAUUGAAUAUAGUGAUUGGAAAACUGCAGGGUUUCAAUUACGUGCCGAAGAAAAAUGUCACGUGAAUUUGAUUGCUGCUGAAUCGCGUAAACAAGCGGAAUUAAUUUAUGGGUUAUCAUGCGUUAUGAAAUGGUAUGGGAAGCAAAGCGGAGAUGAGUCAAGUGUUGAAGAUGAACUUGCUAGUGAAACAUAG